UUGUCUCAUUCAGUGUUCGCGAUUCGUACGGUCCGGUCGUAGUUUCGUCUUGGCUCUUGGAUUGCAGUCCCGGCGGCGGUGGCAAUUGUGACGAGAAGCUUGGUCCGGCGUGUCAAUGGAAACUAGUGGAUCUUCCUACAGUGCAGUCCCCCUUAAGUGGAUUAGUCGUGUUGCAACAGUUUGUCAUUGGUUCAAUAUAUAGUUUUAGGUGCACUUCAUCCCGGAUACAACCCACCGAUUGAUUACGUUGUGAGCAGCAGGAGUGGAUAACUCUCGUCGAAAAAGAGAAAAAAAAUUCCAGCAAGGAUUUUCGUCCAGUCGGGAAGAUGAAGUUCAACUACUAUUCGGACACGUGCUCAGUAAACGAGAUGGCGAAAAGUGAGCAACGGUUUUUGAGAUCCGACAGUCAAACAAACACAUCGACAGCGAAACCAAAAUCGGCAAUAAACCAAUUCAUUUCGGAGAAUAAGCUGAUUUUGGUGACACUGAGUGGAGUUAUACUCGGAAUUCUGCUUGGUUUCAUGUUGCGCCCUUUGGCUCUUCCGGCUGAUACAAUCAUGCUGAUCGCGUAUCCCGGAGAAUUAUUCAUGCGUGUGCUGAAAUUGAUGAUCCUUCCGCUAGUUAUCGCCAGUUUGAUCAGUGGUUCUUCCAGUUUGAACGCAAAAUUGAAUGGGAAGAUUGCCAUUCGAACGUUUGCCUAUUUUGCACUGACCUCCUUUCUGAAUGCCGUGCUGGGAAUCACCUUAGUGUUGUUGAUCCAUCCGGGCGAUCCAAAGCUGCAUGAAGCAAUUGCCGAACAGUCCGCUUCCGGUGGGAAAACUGUAACGCUGAUGGACAGCAUCUUAGAUUUAGGAAGGAACAUCUUCCCGGACAACAUAUUCCAGGCGGCUCUCCAGCAGGCGCACACUGUAUACGUGCCGAAGGACAUUUCCAACAAUGGCAGCAGCAUAUUUUCGAUGGUGAAUACACAACAAACCAAGCCUACGGCUCACAACGCCUUCAAUUGGGAUGACGAGGAGGAGUUGAUCCGGAUCGUCGAGUACCGACCGGGCACUAACACUCUGGGAAUAGUGUUUUUCUGUUUGGUCUUCGGAACACUGUUGGGAACAAUUGGCAGUAAGGGAUACGUUGUGAUCCAAUUUUUCUCUGCAAUUUUCGAUGUCAUCAUGAAGAUGGUCACCGGAGUAAUGUGGUUGACUCCGGUUGGCAUUGGGAGUGUUAUUGCCGGCAAAAUUCUGGCGGUGAACGACAUAACACUUGUGAUGACACAGUUGGCGUGGUUCAUCUUCACCAUCGCCUUCGGCGUUUUGCUGUACCAAUGGGUGAUCAUUCAGUGCAUUUACUUUGCAUUUCUGCGAAAAAAUCCAUUCAAGUUUUACCUAGCCCUGAUCCAACCGAUGCUGACUGCAUUUGCGACCGCUUCGACAGCAGCCGCUCUCCCGCUUACCUUCCGUUGUAUGAACGAAAAGCUGAAGGUGGAUUCCCGAAUUACUAGAUUUGUUCUUCCCAUCGGAGCUAACAUCAACAUGGACGGUACGGCGUUGUUCAUUUCGGUAGCUUCGAUUUUCAUUGCCCAGAUGAGCAAUAUGGCGUUGAAUUGUGGUCAAAUACUCACGGUGCUUUUGACUUCGACGGCGGCUUCGAUGAGUUCAGCCAGUAUCCCUAGUGCCGCGCUGGUGCUGUUGCUGGUUGUUCUGACAGCAAUCGAUGCCCCAAUACAGAAUGUGACGCUCCUGUUUGCUGUUGAUUGGCUGGUAGAUCGCAUCCGAACAACCAACAAUUUCCUGGGCGACUGCUACUGUGCCGUCAUCGUGGAGCAUCUGUCCAAGCGCGAACUGGCACUUACCGACCCGGACCCGGAAGCCUCCGGCGAAGACGACGAGCUGACUCUCGAUGCCGAGGGGAAAGUACCUGUCAAACAAAAGUUUGAAGUUUAGCACAGUCCCGAUUGAUUCGAUUUGUUCUCGUUUAAGGUAAGUAAUUCCCGUGUUUGAUUUAGUGUAUCUCGUGCGUCGUGUCAGAUGUCUCUCUCUCUGCGCGCGUUUUUGGUACUGUAAAACUAACGAACCACAUUUCUAGAGAACUUUCAGUAGAGAAUAGAACGACCUGGUCAAAAUAUGUGAUAUUGAUAUCUGUUUAGCAGUGAAUAGUCUAGUCUGUGAGAGAAUAAAAUACGUAUUAUA